AUGCCUGCAGUGUAUCGCUUCCUACCACGAUUGUUUAUAUUUAGCAGCCAGUCUGGUGUGGAUUCAAGACUGAAAAGUGGUUGGUAUACAAUCAUCAAGGGAGUAUUGUUCAAACUACCUAUUAUGAAUCUCCGCGACUGGCUUUUUUUUCUCGAAGCCAACGUCUCUCGAAUCCUAAAGCGGAGAAUUAAUGGUGACACUCCUCCCAGGAAUGUUCCCAUACUCAACAUGUAUAGCGCGACGGAAAGCUGCAAUCGCAAUUACCAACGCGAUCAGCCAUUUUGCUUUACGAGGAUACUUUUGAGGCUCCUCAGCUUCAGGAAGCAGCGCGAGAUGUCCCGGCAAACCUUCGACGUUUAUUUCUAG